AUGCCACCUAAAGUUUCCGCCAAAGGAGCCAAGAAGGCCGCCAAGACCGUCACCAAGCCGAAGGAUGGAAAGAAGAGAAAGGCUCACCGCAAGGAGUCCUACUCUGUCUACAUCUACCGUGUUCUCAAGCAAGUUCAUCCAGACACUGGAGUCUCCUCCAAAGCCAUGUCCAUCAUGAACUCGUUUGUCAACGACGUCUUCGAGCGUAUCGCUGCUGAGGCCUCUCGUCUUGCUCACUACAACAAGCGUUCGACCAUCUCUUCUCGCGAAAUCCAGACGGCUGUCCGUCUGAUUCUUCCAGGAGAACUCGCCAAGCACGCUGUGUCUGAAGGAACCAAGGCUGUCACCAAGUACACUUCCAGCAAGUAA